UGUUGCCCAGGUUUUCCUCCCCCGCUCAUUUCAUACUUCACGCGGCCCUGCCCCGUCCUCGCUUUCUUGAACUCUUUCUCCGCAUUUCGAGGCCUCUGGGACGCGCUUUCCACUCACCUGAGCGCGCCUUCUCUUUCAGCGCUGCUGCUAUUAUCUAAGCACGCGCUCUUUGGCUCUUCUUGUCGCCAAGAACCGUACACCUCCACCGACCCCAGCAAUGGCAGAACAACAACCUCAAGCAACUGUGCCCCAGGCGGCCGCUCCUCAGCAGCCCGCCAUCGGCACGCCAACACAGCAGCCUGCCCAGAUCCCCCAGCAGUCCAACGCCGGCGCGACUGAUUCUCUCGUCUGCCAGUGGCAAAACUGCGGCGAGCGCUGCCCGACCGCCGAGCAGCUCUAUGACCACGUCUGUGAGCGCCAUGUUGGGCGCAAGAGCACCAACAACCUGAAUCUCACCUGCCAGUGGGGCAACUGCCGUACUACUACUGUCAAGCGCGAUCACAUCACCUCGCACAUCCGCGUCCACGUCCCCCUGAAGCCGCAUAAGUGCGACUUCUGUGGCAAGGCGUUCAAGCGCCCCCAGGAUCUGAAGAAGCACGUGAAGACCCAUGCGGACGACUCUGUCCUUCUGCGCUCCCCCGAGCCAAACCGUGGCGGCCCUCACGGCGGACCCGGCUACCCAGGCCAGGGCGGCAAACUGGUCGCUGACUUGCAGGCGCUUGCCGCUACAGCCAGCGGAUAUCAAUAUCCCGAAGGUGGUCUCGGCCCCAAUGGAGGCUAUGGCCAGCAACACCCCGGUGGUGCCCCAGCCGGAUUUUACGGUGGACCUCCCCAGAACUCUGCAUAUGGCCCUGUCUAUUAUGCUCUCAACCCAGCCCAGCAAAAUUUGAACGACUCUUACGAGAUCCGUAAGCGUGCUGCGUAUGAUGCCCUAAACGAAUUCUUUGGCGAUGCCAAGCGCCGCGCCAUUGACCCUGCGACUUAUUACGAUGUCGGCCAACGACUCAUGGGCCUGCAGGGCGUUCAAUUGCCCGUUAUCGGUGCUGGUGGCUACCAGCAAGGCGGUAUGUCCGAGUAUGGACACGGAGGCACGAUGAUGGCUCAGGCCACCCACCCCCCAAUGCACCCUUACUCGUUGCCGCUGCCCAACUUGCGCACCAAGAGUGAUCUCCUCAACAUCGACCAAUUCUUGGAGCAGCUUCAGAGUACUGUGUAUGAGAACCCCAACCAUGCGGCGGCCGCUGGUGUACAGCAAGCCGGUGCCCACUAUGUCCACACUGGCGCCACAUACCGCUCCAGCCACUCGCCGCCAGGGCACCCAUCCACGCAUCCCCAGUCCUCGCACGCUACUGCCGUCGCUUCUUCGAGCACUGAAACCCCGGCACUGACUCCCGCCUCGAGUGUCAUGUCUUACGCUUCUCAGCACUCGCCCGGUUCGCAUCACUCUGGUAGCACUGUCUCUCCCACCACCAGGACGUCAAUGGGCAGCAUGUAUCCUACACUGCCUUCGGUCAGUGCCAUGUCAGACAUGUCAGCCGCUGCACCUUCAUCGGGCUUGGCACCUGCUUUUGAUGCCGACGGCCGCCGGCGCUACUCUGGUAACCUUCUGCAGAAGGCAGCUCCAGACCGCCAUGAGCAUGAUCAGAUGGACACUUCUGGCGACAUGGAAGAUCGCAAGCCUGCUGCUGAAUCUGAGCAAGACGAGCUGCAUCACAACGUCAACCAGCUGGCGAUCCACUCGCCUAAGGUUGAUCCUGCUCUGUCAAUGCGCUCUCCGAGUGCUGUCUCGUCGGCAUCUACCGAACAGCCUAAUGAGACUUCUCAGCAGACGUGGGUGGAGAACAUCCGUACGAUUGAGAGGUUACGAGCGUAUCUGAAGGAGAGGCUCGAGGCUCAUGACUACUCUUCAGAUGACGAGGACAUCAAGCACGAGGACGAGAGCAGAAUGAGCGACGAUGCCCGGGAUCUGUACCCUGUGCUACGCGCUGUACAAGAAGGGCGGGAGUAAAUGUUUUAAUUCUUUCGAACAGUCGGUGCAAGUAAAUCUGUAGGGUUCCGGUGUGCAUGAGGCGUUUAGGAGUUCUACCGAACCUACAACGGUAUGACCAGAGGCUGGCGGUCUCACGCAGGAUACGAAGGUGUUUUGUUGUUAUCCCAAUAUCCUUGCUCACUGUUUCACACGAUGAAACUCAGAGUAGAUCCUCAAUGAAUCUUUCUUUCCUCUCUUC